ACUGGUUGCGUUUACAUGCCCCCUGGUCUUCACCUAUUGACUUACUUUAUUAAAUAAACGCCCCUGAAAUCCUUCCACCAAAGUGAGUCUUUACAGGAUUAGACUUGCACAAACAGCCCUCCACCAGAGGGAUACUGGUAACUUCACUACCCCUUUCCUCGGUUAGGACAGAGUACUGCUAAACAUUGACGUCAUCAAACGUUGAGCUAAUGGAUGCAUGUACAGCUGUGACCCACCGGACUUUCCACCAAUGACACGCCUUACACCUGCUGCCAUGGGACUGUCCAUCCUCACCAUUUAAAACCUACCAAGCAGCACACAACACGACCAAAUAACCACCAACACCUGUGGAAAUUACGGAGAUUAUCUACUGCUGUAUGGAUAUGGAAUAAAAAAAGAUCUAUACUGGAAUAUAGAAUCAAUUUCAGACUUUUUUUGUGCUGCAGAUCAACUCUGACGACUCAGUUUCUUGACCUUGAUGGUGAAGAACUUCAGCUCUUCAGAGACACAAUGAAGUUUCUGCUCGUGUCUCUUCUGGGGUUUAAUCUGGUCGUGGUCAUGGGGCACUGGUGUGAGCGUGUGGUGGAGGAGAAGGUGGAGAGGUUGGUGUCCCCCCGUGAUCAGCGUGAGGUGGAAUGUUCCACCGUCUAUCAGUUCAACACUCAGGGCUGGAGGCUGGAUGUGGAGCGAAUGAGGCAUGAACACGGAGGAGACGACGGCAUCGCACUUUAUUACAAGAGACAGGGACCUAAAGCCUCCUGUUACAUAUUCAAACCUCCAGACAUUGAGACAGAGACAGUGAACCGGACGGUCAGACGGUGUUGUGAAGGCUGGGCCGGACCUGACUGCUCACAGGGGGUUGGUGCCCGGGGUCAGUGUUACUCCACCUGGACGUGUGAGGAGUUUCCUGGGCUUCAGAACUCGUCUCUGAUGGCUCUGGAGCAGUGCUGCAGUAACCUGUGGGGUUUAAGCUGGAGAAACGCAUCCGAUCAGACCUGUCUGUCCUGCACCUACACGCUCCUGACAGACGUCAGCUCUUCUCCUGUGGUUCGUGGGGGGCUGUUUCGUGGUGUUCGUGACCCGCAGGCGUCUGGCACCUGUAUGAGCUGGGGCGGGACACACUACCGUACCUUUGACCGGAAACACUUCCACUUCCAGGGCAGCUGCACGUACCUGCUGGCCUCAUCCACGGACGGGACGUGGGCCGUGUACAUGAGCACCGAGUGUGAUCCUGCGGGACACUGCCGGAAGGGACUGCGGCUGAUGUUGGGUCUUGGCUUGGUGUCCAUACAUAAAACCAAUGUGACUGUUAAUGGGUUAACACUAGCGCAGGGUGAACCUCUCUUGCAAAACGGAGUCAGCGUUCACUGGCUGGGUGACUUUGUGUUUGUGGAGAGUGGUUUGGGUGUCAGACUGAAGUUUGACAUGGAGAACACCGUCUAUCUGACGGUUACCGCUGAACACCUCGCUGCCACUAGGGGGCUUUGCGGCGUUUAUAACAACAACCCAGAUGAUGACUUCACUACCAGCGGCGGAAGUGUGUCUCAGUACGCUGCCAGCUUUGGAAACUCAUGGCGUGUCCAAGAUCAGCAAGGACAAGUGUGUAGUGAUGCAGCAGAGUUGGGUCACAGCUGUGAUCUGUCCAGUGAUGUCUCUCUCCGGCGGGACGCAGAAACAGCCUGUCACCGGCUCAAAGAGACUCCCUUCUCACACUGCCAUCACCAGGUGGAUCCCGGUCCGUAUAUCGACACGUGUCUGUAUCUGUACUGCAGUGUGGAUGUGAAGGACAGAGAUACAGCUGUGUGUGAUACGUUAGCUGGCUACGUGCGCGAGUGUGCACAACAACACGUCAUCAUCCGCUGGAGGAGCGCCGGCUUCUGUGAGCGUGUUUGUCCGAGCGCUCAGGUCUUCUCUGACUGUGUGUCGUCCUGUCCCCCCACCUGCUCGUCUCCUCGUCCUCCGGCGUCCGGUCAGUGUCGGGACGAGUGUGUUGGGGGGUGCGAGUGUCCCCCAGGUCUGUACCUGCACGCGGGUCAGUGUCUGCGACGGGACGACUGUCCCUGCUUCCACAGACGCCACAGCUACAGAGCAGGAGACAGCAUCAGACAGCGCUGCAACACCUGUGUGUGUCGCGCCGGGCAGUGGGAAUGUUCUGGAGAGAAGUGUGAAGCUCAGUGCGCUGUGAUCGGAGCGAUGCACAUCACCACCUUCGAUCAGAAGAGAUACGGUCUGCAGGCCGGAGACUGCCGCUUCACCGCUGUAGAGGAUUUUGUGGAUAAAAAGCUCUCUGUUAGCAUCAGCGGAGGAGCGUGUGCAGGAGGAGCCGCUGGAUGUCUGAGAGAGAUGACGGUCACUGCGCUUCAUACGACAGUCACUGUCACAGAUACAGGUUCGGUGACGCUGAACGGUCAGCGGGAGCUUCUGCCGGUGAUCACAGGAGAUCUGAUGGUCAGAAAAGCUUCAUCCAGUGUUGUUCUGAUCCAGGCGUUUGGAGCUCAGAUGAUGUGGUAUCUGGACGGUCCUCUGCUCCUCAUCACCCUACAGCCGGGGUUUGCUCAUAAGGUUCGUGGUUUAUGUGGCACUCUGAGCUGGAGUCAGCGUGAUGAUUUCACCACUCCUGAAGGGGACGUGGAGAACAGCGUGGCAUCUUUUGCGGCCAAGUUCAGAACAGAUUCAUGCCCUCUGCCGUCGGCGGUGACCUCUGACCCCUGCGGGACACACACUCAGCGCAGGCAGUACGCAGAGCGUGUGUGCUCGGUGAUUCACAGCGCUGUGUUUCAGGCGUGUCAUGAUGUGGUGGACAGAGAGCCGUACAUGCGUCUGUGUCUCAGUGAAGUGUGCAGCUGCGGCCCGCAGAACUCCUGCCAGUGCACCGUCCUCACCGCCUUCGCCCUGCACUGUGCCCAACAGGGGGCGCCGCUCAGCUGGAGAAACAACACGUUCUGCUCGGUGCAGUGCUCCGGAGGGCAGGUGUAUCAGGAGUGCGGGCGUCUGUGUGGGGCGUCCUGCGCUGAUCUGUGGGACGGCUGGAGCUGUGAGGAGCAGGAGGGCGGCAGGGUCUGUGUGCCGGGGUGUCAGUGUCCAGAUGGACUGGCUCAGGACGAUCAGGGUCAGUGUGUGCCGGUGGACAUGUGUCCCUGCAGACACGCAGACGCGCUCCAUCCCGCCGGGAGCACCGUGCACAAGAGCUGCAACCGCUGUGUUUGUGCUCGUGGCGUGUGGAACUGCACGGAUCUGUCGUGUCCCGAGGUCAAUCAGUGUCCAGGCUCUCUGGUCUUCUCUCCUCGAUCGUGUCUGAGGACCUGCUCCAGUCCGAAGUCUCCUCUGGACGCGUGCGCUGACCCCGUCCACGGCUGCGUCUGUCCUGAGGGAACCGUGCUGCUGGGUGAUCAGUGUGUGAAGCCGGUCGAGUGUCCGUGUCAUCACAACGGCAGACUUUAUUUCACCAAUGACACCAUUUCUAAAGACUGCAACACUUGUGUGUGUCGAGAGCAGCGCUGGCACUGCGGUCAGUCGUUGUGUUCUGGCACCUGCGUGGCCACCGGUGACCCUCACUACAUCACGUUUGACGGCCGAUAUUACUCUUUCCUGGGCGACUGCGAGUAUGUUCUGGUGCAGGAGAGCAGUGGUUUGUUCAGCGUCAGCGCAGAGAACGUGCCGUGCGGCAGCACAGGGGUCACCUGCACCAAAUCUGUCACGCUGACCGUGGGAAACACGGCCAUACACCUGCUCAGAGGUAAAGCCGUGAUGGUGAAUGGGGUUCCGGUGACUCUUCCAAAGUUGUAUUCGGGCAGUGGUUUGAUUCUGGAGCAGGUGGGGUUGUUUGUGUCCCUCUCGUCUCGACUCGGGGUCACUCUGCUCUGGGAUGGAGGAAUGCGUGUUUAUGUCCGGCUGAAGCCUCACUUGCGUGGCCAAGUCGGAGGAUUGUGUGGAAAUUUUGACGGAGAUGCGGAAAAUGACUUCACCACAAGACAAGGCAUCAUGGAGUCCACUCCAGAACUGUUCGGAAACUCCUGGAAGAUCAGUCCGUCGUGCCCUGACGUCUCAGACCAGGAUCUCCGUGACCCCUGUGUCAUUAACCCUCACCGGGUGACGUGGGCCAAAAAGAAGUGUGCAGUGAUCAGUCAGGAGAUGUUCAGCUCGUGUCACUCAGAAGUGUCCUAUCAGCAGUACUACGACUGGUGUGUCUUUGACGCCUGCGGGUGUGACUCCGGCGGUGACUGUGAGUGUUUGUGUACGGCUGUAGCUGCGUAUGCUGAAGAGUGUAACCGCAGAGGAGUGUAUGUGCGCUGGAGGUCACAGGAACUCUGCCCGCUGCAGUGUGAGAACGGUUUGGUUUAUGAGGCCUGCGGUCCUGCCUGUUCUCCAGUGUGUCCCGGUUCUCCUUCUGUGUCUGAUCCGCUCUGUAGCGCCCUCUCCUGUGUGGAGGGAUGUUUCUGUCCUCAUGGCACUGUGAGACAUGGUGAUGCCUGUAUCCCUCCGUCUCAGUGUCCGUGUGAGUGGGACGGAUCUGUAUUUCCCGCAGGAGCCACUGUCACUCAACACUGUCAGAACUGCUCUUGUUCUGAUGGUUUGUGGCGUUGUGUUGGAUCUCCAUGUCCUCCUCCGUCUCUGUGUGAGGACUCAGAGUUCCUCUGCUCCGGUGGCUCUCAGCGCUGUAUUCCCUCCGUCUGGCUCUGUGAUAAUGAGGACGACUGCGGAGACGGUUCGGAUGAGCUCUGUCCCUCCACCUGUCCUCCAGAUCAGUUCCGCUGCUCCGGUGGGGCUUGUUUACCGCUGGAGCUCAGGUGUAACGGCCAUCCCGACUGCGCUGACCAAUCAGACGAGGACUUCUGUGCCCCGAGCUCACCUGAACCCGACUGUCCGGCCGGAGAGUUCAGGUGUGGGAACGGACGCUGUCUGCCGGCUCAUAAAGUCUGUGACGGGAGGCUGGACUGUGGCUUUGCUGAUGAUUCUGAUGAACACGACUGUGGCGUGUUGUGCAGACAGGAAGAGUUUCGCUGUUCGUCUGGUCGUUGUGUGUUGUUCCUCCACCGCUGUGACGGUCACGAUGACUGCGGGGACUACAGCGAUGAGAGAGAGUGUGUGUGUGCCAUCGGAGAGCUGCAGUGUCCUGGAGAUCAGUGUGUGCCUGCAGAGAGAGUGUGUGAUGGACACAGGGACUGUCCUUCAGGCAUCGAUGAGCUCAUCUGUCCUGUCAAAGGAUGCAGUAAGUUUGAGUUCGGCUGCGCUAGUGGUCAGUGUGUGCCGUUAGCGUGGCGCUGUGAUGGGGAGACAGACUGUCUGGACGGGAGCGAUGAGAAACAUUGUUCCCGCACAUGUCAAUCUGACCAGUUCCUCUGCCAGAGCGGAGACCAGUGCAUCCAGCACCAGCAGCUGUGUGACGGGACGCCCCACUGCAGAGACGCCUCAGACGAGAGCGUGGACAACUGCGGUUCCACGCGGAUUCCUCCCUGUCCGGGAAGUUUCUCCUGUGAUAACCGCACAUGCGUUAACAUUUCACGCGUGUGUAACGGGAUUCCUGAUUGCCCUAAAGGAGAGGAUGAGAUACUCUGCGUCAGUCCCACCACAGCGCCACCUAGUGAGGGAAACGGCAGUCGUGUUUGUCCGGAGUUCACCUGUGCUGAUGGAUCCUGUGUGCCCUUCAACGCGUUGUGUAACGGAGCAGCAGACUGUCCCGCAGACGCCUCAGAUGAGACGGGGUGUGGUGUCUGGGGUCCCUGGAGCUCCUGGAGCCCCUGCAGCCGAAGCUGUGGAUCAGGAACCAUGAGCCGACAGAGACGCUGCAGCCGCCAGGAUUCAGACGAGCUCUGCAGAGGAGAGAAAACACAGCGACAGCAGUGCUACUCCACCGCCUGCCCCGUCGAUGGCUACUGGCUGCCGUGGGUCACGUGGUCGAACUGCAGUGAAGGUUGUGGAGGUGUUGAAGUCCGUCAGAGAGAGUGUUUCCCACCGCAGAACGGAGGCAGAACCUGUGCAGAACUACCUGGAGAAACCAACCUGACUUUAGACAUCAAGCCGUGUUCUCAGGACAGCUGUGUUAACGUCUCCUGUGCUGCGGGCCUCGUCAGACAUAGCUGUGCGCCGUGCCCUUUGACCUGCGCUCACGUAUCUGGAGCAACAACAUGUGACCCCAGCUCCAGGUGUUUCACAGGCUGCUGGUGUCCUGAUGGGACGGUCAUGAAUCACGAGCAGCAGUGUGUUCGGCCGGAGGAGUGUGUGUGUGAGGUGUCUGGGGUUCGAUACUGGCCCGGUCAGCAGGUCAAAGUGGGCUGUGACAUCUGUGUGUGUGAGCGAGGACGAGCCCAGCGCUGUCACACCAACCCAGAGUGCUCAGUUCACUGUGGCUGGUCGUCCUGGUCUGAAUGGGGCGAGUGUUUGGGUCCCUGUGGAGUUCAGAGCGUCCAGUGGUCUUUCCGCAGCCCGAAUAACCCCUUAAAACACGGCAACGGCCGACAGUGCCGAGGAAUUUACCGGAAAGCACGACGCUGUCAGACAGAGCCGUGCAGGGAGUGUGAAUAUCGUGGACACACACAUGUGGUGGGAGAGCGCUGGAAAGGCGGUCAGUGUCAGAUGUGCCAGUGUUUGUCCAAUCUCACUGUGCAGUGCAUCCCGUACUGUCCUUACACUGCCACUGGAUGCCCACAGAGUCAUAUUCUGAUUCCAGGGGACGGAGACAAGUGUUGCUAUUGUGAAGAAAAAGGUAACGGCAGCACUAUCAUGACGACUACACCAAUGAUCCUGCCAAUAACCCUGGGACCCUCCACACCACCAGAGGGCCCUCCGACCGUCCCAACUUACCCCCUGCCCCCUGCAGAUGAGUGUUGGUCGGCUCUGGGCGUUCUCUCGCUCCCCAACAGCAGCUUCAGCGCCUCGUCCCAUCAGCCCGGUCACCCUCCGUCUGCAGGACGUCUGCACGCUCGGGACUCCCACAGUGACCUGCAGGGCUGGAGCCCGGAGCCGGAGGAGUACAGAGAGCUCCCGGCCGGGGCCCCUGAGGAGCACAGAGACUCGUCUCGAGGGCCGUACCUCCAGAUAGACCUGCUCAGACACUACAACAUCACAGGCGUGUUGACGCAGGGUGGCGGUGUGUUUGACACGUAUGUUUCCAGCUUCUAUCUGCAGUUCAGCAGCGACGGACGUCAGUGGUUCACAUAUAAAGAGCUGAUCACAGACGCCAGACCCAAAGCUAAGGUGUUUCAGGGAAACCGUGAUGACCAUGGCGUAGCUUUGGCUCGUCUGGACCGAAUGGUGUCAGCUCGCUUCGUACGAAUUCUGCCUCAUGAUUUUCAGAAUGGAAUCUAUCUGAGAGUCGAAGUCAUGGGCUGUGCUGAUGAGCAUGAGUGGUCAACUCCUGUCCCGCCGCUACGUCCCUGUAGAGAGAGCGAGUUCCUCUGCGCUAGCGGCCGCUGUGUUCCUGCUGGUCCACAGGGGGCGCUGUGUGACGGGAUCAACGACUGUGGCGAUGGGACAGAUGAGCUCAACUGUGGAACUCGUCCCGCUCCUACCAGAAGGCCGGUGGUCUGUCCGUCGGGUCAGUUCUCCUGUCCUCCUCCAGGAGGCUGCAUUGAGGCUCAGCGCCGCUGUGAUGGAGUCCCUCACUGUCCUGAUGGAGCGGAUGAGAGGGACUGCACACACACAAACAUCACCCACAUCACCCCGACCGCCGCUCCUCUCAGGACACCCAGCAAGAAACCCCUGACCACUCCGAGUGCCCUGACCACCACUGAAGGAGGACCUGGUCAGAAAGGUGUCUGUUCUUCUGCUCUGGGAUUGGAGGAUGGGCGUAUCCAUUACGGUCAGCUGACCUCGUCCUCAUACAGAGAGAAUAAUCCUGCAGACGCAGGCCGGCUCAACGUCGUACCCAAUGUGAUGGUGAUGGAGCCUGGAUGGAGUCCGUUACCUGGAGACCCUCAUCCGUACUUCCAGGUGGAUUUCCUGGAGCCCACGUGGAUUUCAGGAGUGGUGACGCAGGGCAGUGAACGCAUGUGGGGAUACCUGAGCAAAUACAGACUGGCCUUCGCUUUGGUGGAGAACCACUUCAUCAACUUCACUGAGACUGGAGACAGAGGCUCUCCUCCGAAGAUAUUCGAGGUGAGGAUGGUCAGCCGGACGCCCGUCACACGCUGGUUGGACAGACUGGUCCGAGCUCGGUUUCUCCGGAUCAUUCCUGUAGAGUUUCGGCACACUUUGUACCUCCGUGUGGAGGUUCUGGGAUGUAGAGGAGAUGAGUUGGUCACACCCAGUAGUGAAGUGACCACAGCUCCACCAGGUUUACCAGGAUUACAGACCCCCACCGGCCCAACGGGACGUCCUGGUCACUUUAACUACACCUCUGGACGUCCAGGACUUCACACCAAGAGUCCACAGGACGGCAGCCCAGGAGUGGCUCCUCCCACACACGUCACAACAGCGCCACCUGCUGUCAGUCCGACGGGAGAACCGGGCGUUCACAUUCUGACUCCUACACCCUACUUCAACACGACAGGACUCUGGUAUACAUCUACAUCCGCUGAUGAUGGUUUGCCCAGAAUAGUGUGUGUGGAAGGACAGUUCGCCUGCAGGACGUUCGGGUGUGUGGAAGCUGCUCUUGUGUGUGACGGCCGUGAGGACUGUCCCGACGGAUCCGAUGAAGAUCGCUGUGGGUCCGUGACUCCCUCACAGCGCCCCCUGGUGCCCAAACUCUGCUCCUCCAAACAGUUCAGCUGCUGGAGCGGAGAGUGUGUGAGUUUGGAGAAGAGAUGUGACCUGCUCAGAGACUGUGCUGACGGCUCGGACGAGAAUGACUGCUUCAACUGUGUUCUGUCUCCCUGGACGUCCUGGAGUCAGUGCAGUGUGUCGUGUGGUCUGGGGUCACUUUUCCGUCAGAGGAGCAUCCUGAGAGACGCCCGGCCGGGUGGAUCCUGCGGCGGAGCUCAGUUCGACAGCCGAGCGUGUUUCCUGCAGGCCUGUCCUGUGGACGGUCAGUGGUCGGAGUGGACGCAGUGGUCCGGUUGUGACGUCCCGUGUGGUGGAGGACUGAUGGUGAGGAACAGGACCUGCUCCAAUCCUCCGCCCAAAAACGGUGGGAGAGACUGUGAGGGGCUGGUCAGACAAACACAGACGUGUAACACACAGACCUGCGGACCGGACACAGACACACAGAGCGGCUGCACCGGAGGAAUGAUCCUGCUGGAGGAGUCCGAUUGUUUGGCUGGAAAAACUGAUCCGUGUCCUGUGACCUGCUCUGACCUUCAUUCAGAGAGGAACUGCACCUUAAACUGCACUUCGGGCUGUCGUUGUCCUCAUGGGCUGUUCCUGCGAGAGGGCCGUUGUGUCCGUGUCAGUGAAUGUGAGUGUUUGUGGGAGGGUUCGCUCGUCCAGCCUGGACAGGAAGUCAGUAACAGCAGCUGCAGCACAUGUGUGUGUAAAGAAGGCCGUGUCACCUGUGAUGAAUCCAGCUGUGUCGCUCGCUGUGAUUGGUCGGCCUGGUCUUCGUGGACGUCAUGUGACAGCAGCUGUGGGACAGGAGUACAGCACCGCUACAGAUCUCCUCUGAGUCCAGUGGGAGCGGUGAACGUGGAGCCGUGUGAAGGAGACUCGACUGAAGCCCGUCGGUGCUUCACGUCCUGCUCGGAGGGUCCUGAGGGAGUGUCGUGGAGCGAGUGGACGCUGUGGUCCGAGUGCAGUAAGACCUGUUUUCAUCACGUGGACGCCGUGGGACUGAGGCGGCGCUUCAGGAGCUGUAACCACACACUCACCGAAGCCUCCUGUGGAGGAGACGCAGAAGAACACGAGCCAUGCAACACCAUCCACUGCCCCGUGCACGGCGGCUGGUCGUCCUGGUCGAGCUGGUCUGUGUGUUCAUCUGAGUGUGACUCUGGUGUUCAGACGAGAGAGCGCUUCUGUAGUUCUCCUCCGCCGCUGUACGAAGGCCUCGGCUGUCCCGGGCCGCACAUACAGACGCGAGACUGCAACGUCCAGCCCUGCUCUGGUGUGUGUCCAGACGGCAUGAGCUUCCUGUCUAAGGCUCAGUGUGAGGCUCAGGGCGGUGCGUGUCCACGAGUGUGUCUGGACGCCACGGCGGAUGUGGAGUGUGCCACCGAGUGUUAUGAUGGCUGUUACUGUUCUCCUGGUUUCUAUCUGUUCAAUAACAGCUGUGUGCCUCUCCACCGCUGCCCGUGUUACCAUGAGGGGGCGCUGUACAUGCAGGGAGACAGCGUGCCCAACGACAGCUGUAACAACUGCACGUGUGUUAAUGGAGAGAUGCAGUGUGGAACAGCGCCCUGCCCUGUGGAUUGUGGGUGGAGCGAGUGGACGGGCUGGAGUGCAUGCAGUCGCACAUGUGACGUGGGCAUCAGACGCCGCUAUCGUUCAGGAACCAAUCCGGCGCCGGCGUUUGGUGGCCGUGUCUGUGAGGGCGAGCGCAUCGGACUGGACACAUGCAGCAUUACACCUUGUUUCGGAGUGAAGGGGCCGUGGAGCCCGUGGUCCGAGUGUUCGGUCCCCUGCGGAGGAGGAUACAGGAGCAGAACCAGAGGAGCGGUCAGGACCCACGGGACGCCCCAGCAGUUCAGCGCCUGUAACCUGCAGCCCUGCGGGAAUGGAAGCGCUUGCACAGACGGUCAGGAGUGGGUCUCGUGUGUGAGAGAGGAGCUGCUGUGCUCAGAUUUAGGGACGGAGGUCCAGAGAAACACCAGCUGUCUGCCCGGGUGCCAGUGUCCCGACGGAUCAGCCCUACAGGAUGGCGAGUGUGUGUCUCUGUCACUCUGUCGCUGUCAUGUUGAUGGAGAGCAGCACAAACCCGGAGCCACAGUCACCAAAAACUGCAACAACUGCACGUGUGAAUCAGGAAAGCUGGUGAACUGUCUGAGUGUGGAGUGUGACGUGGACGGCGGCUGGUCGUCCUGGACUCCGUGGAGUGUGUGUUCUGUGACGUGUGGCGCUGGUCUGCAGUCACACUACCGCUUCUGUUCGGAUCCGGAGCGAGCUGGGAACGGACGGCCCUGUGUGGGACCGGACCGAGAGGACAGAGUGUGUGCGUCAUCACCCUGCAGCCGAGACGGAGGCUGGAGUGACUGGACGUCCUGGACAGACUGCAGUAAGUCGUGUGGUGGAGGAGUGAGGAGCCGCAGACGGGACUGUGACCGGCCCUUCAGAGGAGGAGACGGAGACUACUGUGAAGGACUGGGAACAGAAGUCAUCCUGUGUAACACACACCACUGUCCAGUGUCGUCAUGUUCACACGUGUCAGGGAGUGUGUUCAGCGCCUGCGGACCCUCGUGUCCACGAUCAUGUGACGACCUCACUUACUGUGAGUGGCGCUGUGAGCCGGGCUGUUACUGCACAGAUGGUAAAGUUCUGGACUCAAACGGGACGGAGUGUGUGGAGCGGGACACGUGUCCCUGUCUGGACCUGCACACAGGACGAAGGGUCCGUCCCGGAGAGACCGUCCUGACUCCAGACGCCUGCAACAACUGCACCUGUGAGGGGGGGAGACUCGUCUGCGGAGAACAACCCUGUCCAGUGGAUGGAGGCUGGUGUCAGUGGUCCGAAUGGACGCCUUGCUCAAAGACCUGCGGGAUGGAGUGGGUGUCCCGCUACAGGAGCUGCGCCUGUCCUGAACCCAAAUCCGGAGGAGCGGCGUGUCCAGACCAGCAGGAGGAACACAACGGACUGGGAGUCCAGAUCCAGAGACAGCCGUGCCCAUCCGUCUCCUUCUGCCCCGUCCACGGCUCGUGGGGCUCCUGGAGCUCGUGGUCGGACUGUGACGCGUGUGCAGGUGUGUCUGUCAGACAGAGGGAGUGUAACAGUCCUCCGGCGCGGUUCGGCGGUCUGUCGUGCCUCGGAGAGAGUCGCCAGAGCCGCGGCUGUCAUGAUAACAUCCCCGUCUGCUCAGACUGUGGAGGAGGACAGGAGCAGUGGCCCUGUGGGAAGCCCUGUCCGCGCUCCUGCUCCGAUCUGCACGGAGACACCGAGUGUGUGGAUUCACCGGGAUGCAGCUGGACCUGCGGGUGUCCAGGAGACACGCUGCUGCAGGACGGUCUGUGUGUGGAGCGAGAGCUGUGCCGCUGUAAAUAUCUCAACAUCAGCACAGGAACAGACACAGGCAAUGUUUCGUGGUCAAGGCCGGACGCAUCAGACUGGCAUCAUGUGGCUCCAGGAGAGAGCAUCAGCACUGACUGUCAGAACUGCACAUGUGAAGCAGGUGUCCUGCAGUGUGACUCAGUUCCUGGUUGCCAUGUCGACGGCAGCUGGGGCCAAUGGGCUGCCUGGUCGGAAUGCUCCGCCCACUGUGGAGGCGGGGUUAAGAUCCGUAUGCGUGAGUGUGAUAGCCCCGCCCCUCAGAGCGGAGGCAGAGAGUGUGUGGGAUCCGGCCGACAGCAGAAAGCCUGUAACACUCACAGCUGCACAGAGUCUGGUCCCUGGUUCGACUGGUCAGCGUGGUCAGCCUGCACCGUCAGCUGUGGAGGAGGGUCUCAGAGCCGAAGCCGAUCCUGCCGGACGCCCCCCUGUUCGGGCAUGAGACGCCAGAGCAAGACCUGUAACACACAAGUGUGUCUGGAGGUGGGCUGUCCUCCAGGCCGUCUCUAUCGGGAGUGUGAGCGCGGUGAAGGCUGUCCGUUCAGCUGUUCUCAGGUCAGAGGUCACGAGGGCUGUUAUUCUGAGGGCUGUGAGGAGGGCUGCCACUGUCCUCUCAACACCUACCAGCACAACGGAUCCUGCGUUUAUGAAUGUCCAUGUCUGGUGGACACUGACUUCCUGACCUCUUUACAAAGCGUGUCGGUGACCCCUGACCUGACCCCUGACCUCCAGAACAUCACACUGGGGUCCGAGCUGAUGUCUGGAGAGGAGCUGGUGCAUGAAUGCAGUUCCUGCUCGUGUGAACAUGGGCUGUGGAACUGCUCUCUGGUUCCGUGUCCCCGUGACGGAGGGCUGUCUCUUUGGGGCCCCUGGGGACCCUGUUCACUCAGCUGUGGGGGUCUCGGUCAGAAGAGUCGCAGCAGAAGCUGUAACCAGCCCAGUCCUGCUCACGGGGGCCGAGACUGUGAUGGGCCCCUGCUGGACACGGCCUACUGCCAGACACCCGACUGCCCACUGGUAACAGUUCCGACAGAGGAACCAUCUUUACCAGACGAGGAUGCUGGUUUCUCUCAGUGGACGGUGUGGACCCCGUGCUCCAGAAGCUGCAGUGAUCCGGCUUCUCCUGCUCUGAAGCUCCGGACGAGGGAAUGUGUUCGUGAACGCUGCUCUGGAGAAACCCGGCAGGAGCGAGUCUGUAACCUGCCCCAGUGUCCCGAUGGUGGUGUGUGUCAGGGUCCCGAAUGCGCUCACAGGAACUGCUCCUGGAUGAAGUGGGGCGAGUGGAGCUCCUGCUCUCGUUCCUGUGGCGUGGGACAGCAGCAGCGCGUCCGAACCUUCCUCGCCCCGGGCGUCAAUGGGACCUGGUGUCAGGACAUCCUGGGCGGCAACGUGGAAAACCGCUUCUGUAAUAUUCGGGCCUGCCGCGUGGACGGAGGCUGGUCUCGCUGGAGCUCUUGGUCCCGCUGUGAUAAAACCUGCGGCGGUGGACGCUCCAUCAGGACCCGCUCCUGCUCCAGCCCUCCACCCAAAAACGGAGGCCACAAAUGCACGGGAGAGAAGAACCAUGUCAAACCCUGCAACACCAAACCCUGCGGUGACGAGGGCUGUCCGGCGGGGCAGGAGUUGGUGGCGUGUGUUAAUGAGUGUCCCCAGCGCUGCUCAGACCUGCAGCAGGGCAUCGAGUGUCAGAGAAACACUGAGUGUCAGUCGGGCUGCCGCUGUCCUCGAGGUCAGCUGCAGCAGGACGGCGUGUGUGUCCAGACGUGGCAGUGUGAUUGUCUGGAUGUGUUGGGUCAGAGCUGGGCCGCAGGAAGCACACAUCAGGUGGACUGCAACAACUGCAGCUGCGCAGACGGGCGUCUCACCUGCACCAAUCACACCUGCGCAGGAGAACACAGCUGCUCCUGGAGCUCCUGGUCCACCUGGGCCUCCUGCAGCUCCACCUGCGGCCCCGGACAGAGGACUCGAUUCAGAUCUCUGGUUCCUGAGGAUGACGGUGCAAACUGCCAGUUUGAGGAAGUCCAGCACAAACCAUGUGACCUCGGCGUGUGUCCUCCGCUGUGUGUCCAUGAUGAGAAGGAACUGUCUGUCGGAGACACCUGGAUAGAAGGGGAAUGUCAACAAUGCACCUGCAUCCCUGAAGGAGACUACUGCCAAAAUAUAGACUGUCGAGUGGACGGUGGAUGGACGCCGUGGUCAGUGUGGUCAGUCUGUCCCGUGACGUGUGGGAGGGGUAAACAGAUCCGCACCCGCGCCUGUAUCAACCCUCCACCCCGAAACAACGGCACUGACUGCACUGGACCUGAGAGAGACACCCGGGACUGUCACGCUGCACCUUGUCUUGAUGACCUUUGCCCCUGGUCGCCGUGGUCGUCCUGUUCUCGCAGCUGCGGCGCAGGCCUGAUCUCCAGACGGCGUCAGUGUGUGUGUGAGGAGACGGGAGAUCACGCGUGUCCUCCAGACGUCCAGAGAGACGCAGAGGAGACACAGCUGUGUUAUAAGAGACCCUGUCCAGGCUGUCCCGUGUCUGAAUGGAGCGCGUGGAGCGACUGCUCCUGUGUGUCUCAGUAUCAGCAACGCUUUCGUGCACCGCUCAUCUCGGCCAGCGGCGGACAGCACUGCUCUGAUCUCGAGAGAGAGAGCCGGCCCUGCAAACCUGACAACUGCACAGAUUGUGAGAAACCCUUCCUGUUCUCUGAAUGUGGAUCUCCGUGUGAGAAACACUGUGAUCUGUUGGGUCAAACGCACUCGUGCUCGUCCCAAAACUGCACACCCGGCUGCUUCUGUGCGGAGGGUCUCCUGCAGCAGAACGGAUCAUGUGUCCGUCCGGAUCAGUGCGGCUGUGUCCAUCUCCUCCAUCAGGGCUCAGACAGACCUGUGGCCGUCACUGUCCCGCAGGGGGCGCUGCUGACCGUGGGCUGCAGGACAUGUCUGUGUCAUGACGGCUCUCUGCAGUGUGAUUUACGGGAAUGUGAAGUGAUGGUCAGCGAGUGGUCAGAAUGGACCUCCUGCUCUCCGUGUAUCCCAGCAUCCUCCGGUGGGAACGUUUCGGGGCUGGUGUCGCUCCAGCGGCGCUUUCGGGCCUGUCUGGACCUGGACUCCGGUCUGCCGGUCAGCGGGAGAGAGGGAGAGUGUGAUGAAGAGCUGGAGGAAGAGCGAAUCUGCCCGCAGUCUGACAUCUGCACCGAUCUGUGUCACUGGAGCUCAUGGAGCGGCUGGAGUGUGUGUAAAGAUCCCUGCAGCGGAGGAUACCGGCAGAGAGAGCGCCGACCUCUGACCUCUGACCCCGGCCCACACUGCAGGAACCUACAGACGCAGUCUCAGAGCUGCAACACUGGCCUCUGUCCCGGUGAGCAUUGUGAGGACAGGGGGCGGGUCUAUGACGACUCCUGUGCCAAUCAGUGUCCUCGCAGCUGCGCUGACCUCUGGGAUCACGUCCAGUGUCUGCAGGGCACCUGUCAUCCAGGCUGUCGCUGUCCGGACGGCCGGCUCUUGCAGGACGGAGGGUGUGUGUGGGUGGACGAGUGUCGCUGUGGGGUCCCGCUGGAGAACGGGACGCUGGAGAUCCGACCCGGAGAGAACAUCACCGUCAGCUGCAACACCUGUGUGUGUGUAAAUGGCUCUCUGGUGUGUACGGAUCACGUGUGUCCGGUCUACGGUCCGUGGGGUUCGUGGAGCGAGUGUUCGGCGUCGUGUGGGACAGAGGGACAGAGGACACGCAGACGGUCCUGCAAACACACGACCGGAGGACCGACCUGCGCCGAAACCGUCCAGAGAGACAGCUGCUCACUGCUGCCCUGUCCAGCCGGCUGUGUGGUGAGCGAGUGGUCAGUCUGGACUGACUGCAGCGCCUCCUGUGGUGGAGGAGUGUCACUGCGCAGGAAGACGGUCCUACAGGAGCCAGAGCCUGGGGGUCUGAGCUGCCCCGGACCCCUGGAACAACACACCGCUUGCAACACCAACAGCUGCCUGCCCGAUUGUCCUGUAGAUCAGGUGUUCAGCUCGUGUGCAGGAUCCUGUCCAUACAGCUGUGAGGAUCUGUGGCCCCAAAAUCAGUGUGUGCCUCUGACCUGCAGUCCUGGGUGCAGCUGCCUACCUGGAGCCGUGAUGCUGAACGGAAGCUGUGUUCCCCAAUCCCAGUGUCCUUGUUCUCUGAUCUCGCUCCCACCCGUGUCCCACAACCUCACCCUGGACCUCCAGGAACAGGAAGUUCCCACAGGAACCGUCAUUCCAGACUCCUGCAACUCAUGUGUCUGUGAAGGUGGGAUCUUUACCUGCACUAACAAGUCAUGUGACGAGGACUGUGAGUGGAGCAGCUGGUCAGCGUGGAGCUCUUGCUCAGCGUCCUGUGGAUCUGGACAGCAGUUCUCCAGCCGGACGAUUCGGCGCCAGCGGCAGUACAGAGGACAGGAGUGUGAGGGACCCUCACACACAUCACGAGUCUGCAGGGGCCCCGAAUGUGAGUGUCCAGAUGGUGAGCGUUGGAUCUGGAGUGAGUCCAUAUUGGGGCGCGUGUGUGAGAGGGGGUGUGUGGACCUCUACAGCCCUGAACCGCUCAACUGUACGGGCCCCGGGGCCACAGAGGGCUGUGUGUGUGAGGAGGGCCGGUACCGGAGCCUGGAGGGCCAGUGUGUGAUUCCAGCUCUGUGUCAGUGUGAAGAGGAAGACGGGACGCUUCGAGAGCCGGGGUCCGAGUGGGUGGACGGCUGUCAGUCCUGUCGCUGUAUCAAUGGCCAGAAACACUGUCAGUCAAACUGUCCUCCCCUUCACUGCUCUGAGGGUGAAGUGAAGGUGCUGGAAGCGGAGAGCUGCUGUCCCGUGUGCCGCAGACAGUUUCCAGAGGAUCCGGUUGCCGAGUGCCGUCGUCACACUGAGGUCAGGAACAUCACCAAGGGCGACUGUCGCCUGGACAACGUGGAGGUCAGCUUCUGCAGAGGGCGCUGUUUGUCCUGGACCGAUGUGGUUCUGGAGGAGCCGUAUCUGCAGGCGUUCUGUGACUGCUGCAGCUACAGACUGGACCCACAGAACCCCGUGCGCUUCCUCAGCUUACAGUGCGCCAGCGGAGACGUCGAACCCGUCGUUCUGCCAGUCAUUCACAGCUGCGAGUGCACCAGCUGCCAGGGCGGAGACCUGUCGAGACGCUGAAUGGCCGCUGAUGAAUGGACAGAUGCUGCAUCCUCGUGUUUGUCCAGUGUUCUUCGUGUAGCUUGUCAUUAUAUGACUGAAUCUUUUCUAUGUAAUAUUUCCUAAAGCUCUACGAGAUCUACAUUCUGUACAGCCUUUAAAUUAUGUUACGAUUUAUUACUUUUUUUCAGGCUUUAAUGAUUGUAUUGUAAUGAAAUGCUCUUUAUCAUACUAGCUCUGUUGAUUAUAAAGAAAUGAAUUAUUAUUAUUGCCAAAGAAAAUCUUCUUUCAUAUUUCAUCAUUUCUUUAAUACAUGUUUGUAGC